CACACAACAUUCAACAGCAAGAUCCCUAACUGGUCUAAUCCCGCUGGACAUAUUCAACAGGAUAAGGUUGGAUUUUUCUUUCCAAAGCGUUUUUUUCCCCCUUUCAUUUUGCAACUUUCUCUUGGAAUUUUGAAACUGACUCCAAUUCUUUAAACUUGCUUUUUUUUUUUUUGCAAGUAUUUUGGAUACAUCUCUUCUGAAGAAAAUGCGGCUAAAUUGUUCAAAAGAACCUCUUGCAAGCUUGUCCUGGUCACUGGAAACAUAAAAAGGGCAUACAGUCACCAUCCACGGUGCCAAUGAACUGGUAAAUGAAACACAGAAUAAGGGUUUUUAGUGAAAGAGUAGAAUGAUUAUGCAGCAUUACACAGAUGACGUUUUGAUCUGAGUAUUUAAGUCUGGGUAAAUAAUUUAAGAUGUUUUGUAAGAAAUGCGGAGUCUUUUAAUUUUUCAACCUUAAUAUGUGAAAAAACACAUUUUUUACUUGAUGUAACUGAGUUGAACACAACUGUGCCCAAAAAUGAACAUGGGCUUCAACUUAAGUGCUACAACGUCCUCUGUAGUCACCAGUAUCAUGGUGACCACCAACAGAACAGGACAGGACUAUCUUGCUGCAGGACCCUGGAGUCUGAUCAUACUGGUCAUUAUCAUACUGACCAUCGUGGUGGGAAACCUGCUGGUCAUCAUAGCCAUUGCACAUACCUCGCAGCUACAGACCAUGACCAACAUCUUCAUCAUGUCUCUGGCCUGUGCAGACCUUAUAAUGGGGGUGCUGGUGGUGCCUCUGGGGGCCACCAUUGUGGUGACAGGGAAGUGGCAGCUCAGUGACACCUUCUGUGAACUGUGGACUUCUGUGGAUGUCCUCUGUGUGACAGCGAGCAUUGAGACGCUGUGCGUGAUAGCAGUGGACCGCUACAUAGCCAUUACGAGGCCAUUACGACACAAGGUUCUUCUCAAUAAGUGUCGUGCCAGGCUAAUCGUUUGUUUGGUGUGGAUUGUAUCUGCCCUCAUCUCUUUUGUACCCAUCAUGAACAAGUAUUGGCGUGCAGAGGAUGACCCCGAGGCAAUGAACUGUUAUGAGGACCCUGCAUGCUGCGACUUUGUGACCAACAGGACAUUUGCCAUCACAUCCUCUGUGGUGUCUUUUUACAUCCCUUUGCUCAUAAUGAUAUUUGUUUACGCCAAAGUAUUUCUAAUAGCCACAAGACAGGUACAGCUCAUAGAUAAGAAUCGGAUGCGCUUCCAGAACGACUGUCCAUCGACACAGAUGGCGUUUGGCCAACAGAUGAACAACAUCCUGCCAUCAGUGUGCGUUGGCUCAAGCAACUAUAGUGGUCAGACCCGUCGAAAGAAUUCAAAACGAAGGCCAUCACGGCUAAUGGUUGUUAAGGAGCACAAGGCCAUCAAGACCUUAGGCAUUAUCAUGGGCACCUUCACCCUGUGCUGGCUGCCUUUCUUUGUCGCCAACAUCAUCAACGUGUUCGACAGAAACGUUCCAUCAAAAGAGAUCUUUCGCCUGUUGAACUGGCUGGGCUAUGUCAAUUCUGGCCUCAAUCCCAUCAUCUACUGCAGGAGUCCGGAGUUUCGUGCCGCUUUCAAAAACCUGCUAGGGUGCCCCUGGCUGUCCACCCCAAGGCUCAAUACUUUCCAUAAAGAGCUACGUACUCGCUGCUCCUGUUUCCUGUGGCAGGCUGAGUCCGGCACAGCCGGCUCAUUCCAGAAGACUCCGACCAUGGUGACUGAGUGGAAUGAGAGCCUGGCCAGCGGUCAGGGCAGCAUCCAGAGCGAGGAACCCUCGCCAGGACCCCCCUACUCCAAUGGCAGCACACAGUUCAGUGACUUGUCAGAACCAGAAACAGAAAUUUUUGCACUGCAGGAAAAGAACGGAUGAGAGACCUACGAUGUCAAACCACUGAGAUUAACAACAAAUGGACAGUUGCUGCACGGGGCUGAGACCCAAUAGCACCAAGGACAAGUGCAGGGCAUGGCAGAGAGACACCCGGCCUGGUAAAGGCUCAGUAGCUGAGUGAAGGUGACUCUAGCGGGAGGGUCAACUGAAUGGACUGUACAGACAUAGCUAGUCUGGAUUGGGUAGAAACGCUGCGAUGGCAACAACCCACGACCAAAAAACACUGGCUGUGGGGCUCCAUGGAUGGGAGAUUGUGUGCUGAAUCUCAGCGUGACUGACACUAUGCUGAACUUUCCCGUUUCAUCUACAUACGGUUCAUGGCAGAAAGCCCCUCUCUGCACCUCAUGCAGAAAAUAUCUUUGUUAACUAAGAAUACAUUCCAAUUAACAUUUUUUGAUACAAUAUGUUUGAAUUUUGGAUUAGAACGACAGAAUUAAAAAUCUUUAUCGAGUAAGUUAUGUAGUAAGUUAUGUAUUUAUGAUAUACUAAAUCUGUAAUAAAAUACAACAGUAGGUUAAUUUAACACAGGACUAUCAUCCUAAAUAGGCUGUCCUCACUGUCCAAUAGAGGAACUGCAGGCUUUUACCCACUACCAUGGUACAAACACCUCCAGUGUAAUGUCAAUAAAAAUCAAAGGGCUCUGCAUUAAAAUGUUCAUGCUUCAUGUCCGUAUUCAGCCUUAAUCUCUGGUUUGAACCUGGGGAUUCAUUGCUGUACAUUAGUUAUCUCACCCAAGCCUUUUACAUGAUGUUAAGGUAACAAAAUGCCUUGCACUGAGAGAUGAAAUAAUGCAAAGAUGUGCUAAUAAACAGUAGUAAACUGAAAAUUCA